GUGGCUUCCUUCACAUAAAUAUGAUCAGGGAGAGUUGAAGUCGUGUAUAUUUCGUAAGUCAUCAUGGCGCUCACUUCCUCAAUAAAAGAGGAGCAUCCUUUCAGCCACCUGAUUGACACACUGAAAGACGGUGACCUGAAGUUUUUCAAUCCGCAGAAGCUGAAUGAUGCCAAAUACGACAAGCUGCCUCUAGCCAUUCGUGUCCUCUUGGAGGCAGCUAUACGCAAAUGCGACCACUUCUAUGUGAAAGAGGAGGAUGUCCACAACAUCCUAAACUGGAGCCAGCAGCAGAAUGUGGUGGAGGUGCCUUUCUCCCCUGGCAGGGUCCUGCUUCAGGACUUCACUGGCAUCCCUGCCAUGGUGGACCUGGCUGCAAUGAGGGAUGCGGUGUCCAAACAUGGAGUGGACCCCAGCCUGGUCAACCCUGUGUGCCCCACGGAUCUCAUCGUUGACCACUCUCUACAAAUUGACCUCAGCAAAUGUGCAAUACAGAAUGCCCCCAACCCAGGUGGAGGGGAUGUCCAGAACCAGGGACCUCCACCUCGAUCCUCCCCUGCCAGACCCACACCUAGGAGGAGUUCCCAUUGCGGAAGCGAGAGGUGGAGCUGCAGCAAAGGAAGCUGUGCUGAUACUCCAGCUGGCCCGGGCAGACCUGCCCCUGCCGUCCAGCAGAUUGAGAACACCCCCCUUCUCUGUCCCUUCCACCUGCAACCUGUCUCAGAACCUGAAACUGUGCUGAAGACCCAGGAGAUGGAACUAAUCCGAAACAAAGAACGGCUGCAGUUCUUUAAGUGGUGCUCAAAAGCGUUUAAGAAUGUGAACGUGGUACCCCCGGAUGUGGGCGCCGUCCACCAGGUGAACCUGGAGUAUCUGUCACGGGUGGUGCAGGAGAGCCAGGGCUUCAUCCACCCAGACAGCGUGGUGGGAACGGACUCCCACACCACCAUGAUCAACGGACUGGGCGUUCUCGGCUGGGGAGUGGGAGGGAUUGAGUCUGAGGCAGUGAUGCUUGGACAGCCCGUCUCCCUGACCCUUCCCCAGGUGGUUGGCUGCAAGCUGGUGGGCUCCAUCAACACCCUGGCCACGUCCAUCGACAUUGUUCUGGGCAUCACCAAGCAUCUUCGUCAGGCGGGAAUAGCUGGGAAGUUUGUGGAAUUCUUCGGUCCGGGUGUAUCCCAGCUAUCCAUCCCAGACAGGACAACCAUCGCCAACAUGUGUCCUGAAUAUAAUGCCACUGUCAGCUUCUUCCCUGUCGACCACGUCACCCUCAAGCACUUUAGACAAACAAACUUUACUGAGGAGAAACUUGAAUUACUGGAGGCUUACCUGAAGGCUGUGAAACUGUUCAGGAGCUAUGAGGACUCGUCAGAAGACCCACAGUAUUCAGAGGUGGUUGAGAUUGACCUGAGCUCCAUGACGCCCCACGUGAGUGGGCCCAAGAGGCCCCAGGACAGGGUGGCCGUCAGCAACAUGAAGGAGGAUUUCCAGAGCUGUCUCAACGAGAAGGUGGGUUUCAAAGGGUUCCACAUCUCCAAGGACAAGCAGGACACCCUGGUGCCAUUCCUACACGCCGGUCAGGAGUAUGAGCUGGCGCACGGCUCUGUGGUCAUCGCAGCCGUCAUCAGCUGCACCAACAACUGCAACCCGUCCGUCAUGCUGACUGCAGGUCUGCUGGCCAAGAAAGCGGUGGAGGCGGGCCUUUCCGUCAAGCCUUACAUCCGCACCAGCCUGGCUCCCGGCAGCGGCAUGGUCACCCACUACCUCAACACCAGUGGAGUACUGCCUUACCUCAGCCAGCUAGGGUUUGAGGUGAUUGGUUACGGAUGCGCCACUUGUGUAGGAAACACUACACCUUUACCAGAACCAGUCACUGAAGCCAUCAAACAGGGGGACCUGGUGGCCUGUGGAGUGCUUUCUGGGAACAGGCAUUUUGAGGGACGCCUAUACGACCAGGUCAAGGCCAACUACCUGGCUUCCCCGCCUCUAGUAGUGGCCUACGCCAUAGCAGGCACUGUCGGCAUUAACUUCGAGAAGGAGCCUCUGGGCGUGACCUCUGAGGGUAAGGAGGUGUUCCUGAGGGACGUUUGGCCCACCAGGGAGGAGGUGCAUCACAUUGAGCAGGACAAGGUCAUUUCCUCCAUCUUCACAGAGCUCCGUGCCAGAAGGGAGAAAGGAAAUUUGUUUUGGAACAACCUUGAAUGUCCAGAAUCUGUGGUUUUUCCGUGGGAUCCCAAAUCCACGUACAUCCGCUCCCCUUCCUUCUUCAAAAAUUUGUGUAAAGAAGUCCAGCCGCCCCAGUCAAUAGAGAACGCCCACGUCCUGCUGUUCCUGGGAGAUAAAGUGACCACGGACCACAUCUCCCCCGCCGGGAGCAUCGCCAGGGUCAGCGCCGCUGCCAAGUACCUGCUGAGCCAACGGCUCACACCGCGAGAGUUCAACUCGUACGGCGCCCGGAGGGGGAACGACGCUGUCAUGACCCGAGGGACGUUUGCAAGCAUCAAGCUGCAGAACCGAUUCAUUGGCAAGCCGGCCCCGAAGACCCUGCACAUUCCAUCAGGCCAGACGUUGGACGUGUUUGAGGCUGCAGAGCGCUACCAGAAAGACGGGGUUCCCCUCAUCAUCCUGGCAGGGAAGGGGUACGGCUCGGGAAAUUCCCGGGACUGGGCGGCCAAAGGACCCUACUUAUUGGGAGUGCGUGCAGUCAUAGCAGAGAGCUUUGAGAACAUGCACAAGAACCACCUGGUGGGCAUGGGUGUCAUGCCUCUCCAGUUCCUGCCCGGCCAGAACGCUGAUUCACUGGAGCUCUGCGGGAAGGAGAGGUUCACAAUCACCUUACCGGACGACCUGUCCCCAAAGCAACAGCUGACUGUCAAAACUAGUUCUAGAAAAACCUUCAGUGUAACAACUCUGUUUGACAAUGAGAUGGAUUUGGCCUUCUACCGCCAUGGUGGGUUGCUGCAAUACGUGGCUCGGACUUUGCUCUAAGACCGGAAACUGAGCUUUAAAACUGAGGUCCUGAUUAUUUUCUGUGUUCCCGAUGAUGGGUUUAUUCAUGUUCAACUCCAACCGUCUAUUUGAACUGGCAAAAAUAGGCCCUGCUAAGCUAGCCUGCUCCAGCAACGAAGACACAGCUAUUGAACAGAUGGACCCUUCCACGUCUUAACAGAAGCUGUAGUGUUUUGAACAGAUCAUGACCAGUCCAUACUGCUCCGCUAUAAACCAGAAAAGUUCAGUCUGGUACGAAUCAGACGAGUUCAGACCAACCCAAUGUUAUUUCAGCUCCAAGACCAGAUGAGACCGACGCAAUCCACUUUAGACUAGACCAACCUAUUCCAAAGGGAGGAACGUUCUGAACGUUGCAGUGCGCAAGUAAAAUGUAUAGAAUGGACAAGAACUGACCUGAGUGUUGUUGGAGAGUUCCAAUUUUUUAACAGAUUCCCGCCAUUUAAAUAAGCACUUGAACUUUCUGACCUCAUUAGUCCAUUUCAGUCCAGUUUGAUCCGGACACCAGAUUGAUCUACUUCUGCCGACAGUUUGUUGACCUUUGUGCCCAACUCUAAUGCGACGUUUCCCUUUAGUCCUUGGAUCUUAACAUGCAGAUGGGAUCAUGUUUGAAAAACGUAAUUGGUGCUGAGGCAGAGAAGCAUGAAAACAUCCUUCCUUGCUAUGACUCUUCCCAUGACACUUUGUGAGGUUAUCUUUAAGAUGCAUACAAUCUACAACUGUGUGUUUAUAUAGCUCUGAUAGAAUCUAGUUUAGAAUGAUCUACAGUAUCUCAUCACAUUGCUUGUCAGGUACCGGUAUUGUCAAAGUAGUGUGCAACCAUUAUUUAUGUGUAGGUAAUGACUAUGGUUUGGCCUUCAGCAUGUUAUGGCUUUGUCUGCUGCACAGACAUUGUUGCAUCAGUCAGCUUACUCAAAUAAUGGCACUAUAUGAAACUUAAUCCAUCCAAUAUAAUGAAGACACCUGGAAUGUGUUUUUGAACAUUAGCCUUUGAAAACAUACUUUAGAGAACAUGAUUGUGUCUGCAGUUUAUUUAAGUGGGAGUGGGGUGUUUGUAAACCUAACCUUUUUUUAAAUGUAUUUUAUAUUUUUUCUUUCAAGAGUGAACAGUGCCAGCGUGUUGCCGUUUCACAUUGCCAAAGCGAGUUUAACUGGAGUACAGAGAUGUGUUUGGUUCGCUUAAAUGUUUGCUACAACGGUUUGUACUGAAUAAAGGUUUCUCUGAAAAUGUCUUCAAUAGACUUCGAGAUACAGUUCAUGUGUCUAGGUAUGGCUUUAAGCAAUGGGUUAUCUAACGUUAAGGGCAGUAGUCACGCUAACAGCAUUCCCAACCCAUUGGCCCUAUCAAUAUCUAGGAGUGCAAAGAUUGUUACUUUAAUAUGUACCUUCACUUUAUAAAACAUCCCAUUGCAGAAUAAAGGUCAAAAUGUGGAUUAAACUUGAUUUGAACAUA